AUGGUACCGCAAUGGAUGCCGCAGAACAUUCAGAAGCGGCUACUGAAAUACGUUUUGGAGCAGUUAUCGCUCUUCUCCGAAAUUGAUCUUCCAAACUUAGACGUUUCUAUUGGUACCAACUCCAAAAUCACUCUAAGGAGCCUUCAACUUGAUAUAGACAAAUUCAAUGUUCCUGGAGUUUACAUAAGGAACGGAACCAUUGAUAAGAUGGAUCUUCUUCUUACUGUGAGUGAUGGUGUCAACAUAUCUUGUGAUGGAAUUCAUAUUACAAUGACGCCAUCGUCAGUAAACAAGGGUGGAGGGAGUGACUCGAAGAUCAAGUUUUCCCUAACAAAAAGUACCGUUGAUUUGGCGAAAAGCGCCACUUUUGAGGAUUAUGUAGAUACUGAUCUGGACGAUGAUGAAUUUAUGGCCUCUUUAGAGGAUUCGAUCAUUAAGAGCCACCACCACACGAUCCAGCAAGAUGACCCUGAGUCCUACAAGCUCAAUGGAAUGAUGGCUAAAGCUGUGGAGUAUGCAUUGUCAAAAUUGCAGGUGAAUAUGCAUGAUAUAACGAUUACUAUAGUAUGUGAUCUGACAACAUUGGAGGUUCAUAUAGAUUCUUCUACUCUUACCUCAGAUGGAGAAGUAAAAUCUGUGCGAGUGGAAGGAAUUGAGGUGAGGGUGGUAAGACCGGGUCAUACUGGCCAUACUGAGACAUCGGAGGACUCUAGUCCCGAUGAUGAAUACAAUGAUAUGGUGAUGUCUACAUCCUUCAUGGCUGAAAGCAAGAAUGAGGUUCGAAGUUCACUUCUGGAAAGUGUAAUGAAUACUCAGAAUUCAUCUGCUUCGGUUUAUAUGAGUGCACGGACAGAGUUUUUUGACGCCGAAUCACAGCCAGAAAGUCAUAUAGAAUAUCCACCUGCAAAAAAUGUCCAUGAUAAAACUGUGAUUGCAUUUAUAGACGAAGUUAGCAUCACUUUCAAUGGGUUGCAGCAUCUAGAAGAUAUCAAAGUUAAGAUUGGAAAGAUUAAAGUGGCCGCUUCUCCAAUACCAGAUAUUUUACCAUCCCUUCUAACUUCUAUUUCUCAGUUUGGCAAGCUUGCUAUGGCUAUGCAGACCGAUCCGAGAGAGGUCAAAGAAGACAACUCUACAGACUCUGAAACGCCAACUUUGCUUGAAGAUAUGAUUAUUGAACAAAUAGAAGUAAGUUUAUACUCUGAAUUGGAAUCAGAGGGUGGGUCCAGAUUGGUUAUAAAUAAUUUGAAGAUUGAGCAACGAAACACAAACUACUGCAUGGGUAGUGCGACCACUGUCAAGAUAGUCAGAAAGGGUUCUGACUCAUACAAUAUCUUUGAAUUUUCCUCUCAGGCUGCCAAGGCCGUGGCCACAGAUUUCGAGUUUGAAAUCCAAAGCUUAGAAUCAAGCCAAUGGACUAUCGUGCUUCCGAAAGCUGGAGUUUUCAAUCUUGAUAAAGAAUGCAUCUUAUGGAUUUCUGAAUACUAUGAGAAAAUCAAGCCCUCCUUGGACCUAAUAGCUUCCAAUGUUGAAGAGUCCAUGUUUCCUUCCACCAACAAAAAGUCUGGGUUUAGUAUCAAAACGAUGGAUAUGACCUUCAAUAUUAAGUUAUCCGAGGCCGAAAUUUUGGCCUUUAAGAUGUCGCCAUUACUCUACAAUUCUCUUGAUGGGGUGCUGAAAGUGGAUCAUGUGGAAUGCCUUCUAAACGAGAGCCGAAACAAGCUUUUUGGAAUUGAUUCGAUUGGCUACAAAAGAUAUAGUGAAUCCCCAAAAAAAGUUAGAGGCUUUGACGGUAAUAAUCAACAAGAAUGUUCAUUUAAGGCAUUUGGUGAGCUAUCUGUUGAUAGAAUCCAGUUGAAGUCUGAGCUAAAGCUACUUCGAAGACUCUACCAGGUCUAUAAUGACUGGAUGGAAGAAAUAAAGCAGAAUACUAUUCCCAUCGUAUUAUCCAAGACUCCAAAGCGUGGAAAAAAUGUUCACAUAGCCAACAGCCUGUUUCUGGGAAGAACUCUGCACAUAGAUUUAAAUAUUGUUGUCAACUCCAUUGACUGGACGUUGAUGAAUAUCAGCGAGUCAUUUGGUGAUAUUACUGGGUCUAUCCGUGAAAUGGGACUCUGCAAGUUUAGAAACGGAACAUUUACCGCGUUUUCAAUGGGAAUUAAUGUAUACAGAGAGUAUAAAGGAGCAGUGGAAUAUCUAAGCACCGUGGCUAACCCAGAAUUCAUCUCAAAGCCAAUGGUGUUUGUUAAGCAUCGUGACUCUACCACUGUUUAUUUGAGAAAUAUGUAUCUCAGUUAUUACGGCGCUUGGUUGACGAUGUUUGCUGAUGCAGGCGGUGAAGCAAUUAUUGAAGAAGAGGCUACCAAGGUAUUGGAUAGGGGUCGUCCUCGUCAUCAUUCAGUGGAUAUUCCUGUGAUAAUGAGUGAUAUUAUUAUUGGUCUAGCACCUGUUCAUAUAAAUUCACGGGGAGCUUUGGUGUUGCAGAAAGGUAAUAUGGACGUGGUAAUCGAUGAAUCUGGUUCUGUGAUUAUCCAGUCAUCGUUCAGCUCAAUAUCAAUUUUCCUUAUUGAUGAUAAGUUCAAUAUUUUGAGUGAUAGACAGAGUAAGAUAUAUCGAGGGCGAACUGAUGUUAGUUGGACUCUUCCUGCGAUCAUGAAGAGUAAAGGAUUUGUCAAUGUUGGCUUUUGCAACACAAUGUUUUUGCAUGGCACGAUGGGAUCGUCCAAUUCUAUGUUAUCUGCUUUAUCUGAGCCUCUGAGCUACAAAGAGUUCCACCCUUUGGUUGAUUUAAAGCUUGAUUUAGAUUUGUUAAAGCUUUGGUUAUGUGCAGACAGUGCCCAGUGUCUUAUGCAGUUAACUAAGGAUCUCAAAGAGCCUGUAAAUUUCACAUUUGACGAGAGAUAUAAGACGGAAUCUCAAGAGGUGGAUACGUACUCAGGUGUAGAGGACGAUUUCUUUGCAUCGAAACAGAUGCAGGCUGAUGACAAAGAGGUAAAUGAGAUACCGUCUUCUUCGUUACUGGUUUCUCCAUCUUCAUCGUCUUUUCUUUCUCUCAAGAUUGUGGAAGACUUUUAUGAUGGAAACUUCGAUGAGGCUAGUGAAGUGCCUUCGGUGCCUCAAUCGUUGUCCUCCCACGUUUCUAGAUCCCAGUCUCGAGGAGAGAAUUUACCAAUUGAUAAACAGCACUUUGCCAAUACCGAGGCAAGAAAUCCCAAGGUGAUUCCUCUAUCGUUAUCCGUUGCAGUCCGAAAAGGACUUUUUUACUUGUACGACGGAUACGACUGGAAGGAGACCAGGAUACAAAUUUAUGAUGCAGUCAGACGAGUUCAAAAGAAAGGAGAUAUUAAAGCAGAUGAGGUUAGAAGGGAGCAAGAGUGUGAACAGAAAGAAAAGGGAUUAAAUCGAAACAGCGACGAAGAUUUUAGUGCGGAUGGCAACGAGGAUAUUGUAGGAGAAACAUUGUUUGAGUCGAUUCAUCUCGGAGUUCAUGCGGGUGAAUCAUUGGGCAGUGUUUAUGAUCAGAUCAAUGCAUCUAUUGGGGCUCGAGACAGUGAUACUGGUGGUACAAGCAGUGCUGCUUCUAGUGAAUCGUUUAAACUAUGUCAAUCCCGAGCGGAGCUAUUGACAUCAAUGCAUGCACACGAAGGAAAACUUCGAUUGAAACGAUCAAAGAAUCAUAAGGUGAGUAUCGAAGUGGAGGAUGUGGAUAUAACUUCACUUCUGAUAAGUGAUGAGGAACCGCAUCCAACGGAGAAGCCUGCUGUAUUUGAAAACGAAGAGUCGGCAGAAUUGGUUGGGAGAAUAGGAAUUCGGGUUGGAGAUGUGAAGGUUGUAGAUAACCUUCCGUCAUCUAGCUGGAAGAUGCUCCUUGGAUAUAUGUGGGAAGCGGGGGACAGAGAAUUUGGUUCCAGUGUGUUGAAAAUUGGUAUAGAUAAUGUGAGACCAGUUCCUCAGAUGGCUGCUACAGAGCUGAGUCUGCAUAUUAGCAUACUACCUUUGAGACUAUAUGUUGAUCAAGAUACUUUGGACUUCACAACGAGAUUCCUUGGGUUCCGAGACUUGAGGUUCACUGUUACGGAAAUGGCGGAGGAUGAAGAGCUGUUCUUGGAGAAAGUGAAAGUAGAAAGUGUGAAGGUGAAGCUUGAUUACAAGCCUAAGAAGGUGGAUUAUUCCGGAAUCAAAUCAGGCCAUACCACGGAAUUCAUGAACUUCUUCAUUUUAGAGGGAUCAAGCAUGAUUCUAAAGGGGGUCACAUUGUAUGGAGUGUCAGGAUUUGAAAGGUUGCACGACCUUUUAAAUGAGAUAUGGAUGUCAGAUAUCAAGCGAAAUCAAUUGGGAGGGAUUCUAGCUGGAGUGGCACCUGUCAAGUCGCUUGUGAAACUUGGAAGUGGGUUUAAAGAUCUCGUUAUGGUUCCAAUCAAGGAGUAUAACAAAGAUAAGAGAGUAUGGAGGAGUUUGGAGAAGGGAGCUAGUUCUUUCGGCAAGACUACAGGAAACGAGAUGCUAAGGCUGGGAGUAAAGUUGGCAGCCGGGACACAGGCGCUUCUUGAGAAUACGGAGGAGAUUUUAGGUGGAGAAGGAUCUGCCGGUAGACUGUCAGACGGUGGCAAGGAUAAUAUUCGGAGAAGCAUAGCCGGUAGAAGUCGUGGAUCUGUAGACUCUUUUGGAGAAGAUGAAGAUUCAGGAAGGUACGGGAAAUAUUAUUACAGGCCAGCUAAGGAGCCAAUAGACGAAGAGGCGAUUAUAAGUGAGGAUGAAGUCGAGGCAGAAGCCUUAAUAAAAGCAGAGGCAGAAGCUGAGGCAGAAGCAAAAGCAGAGCGUCACGUGAUGAGUUUAUACUCUAAUCAGCCGCGGAAUCUCAACUCGGGACUUCAAACUGCUUACGAAUCGUUAGAGAGGAACUUGGAGACAGCAAAAGAUGCACUGGUGACGGCCGGAACACGUGCGUCUCAGAGUGGCAGUGCACAGACUGCAGCUAUGGAAUUUGCACGGGCUACACCUGUGAUGAUCAUCAGGCCGAUGAUCGGCACUACAGAAGCAAUUUCUAGGGCUUUGCUUGGAAGACUAAAUGAUGUUGACCCUGAGGAGAGGAAGAGAUCACAGGACAAGUACAAGAAUGAUUGA